AUGAAUAAAGCUUAAAUUGUUCCUCAAAAAGAAUAGAUCAAUGGUCUAACUUUGAGCUUCAAAAAUCUAAAUUAUAUAGUAAAUCAAGACAAAAAUAAUCAAACCUAAGGUAGAAUCAUACUAAACAAUAUAUCUGGAAUUUGUCCUCCUGGAAAAGUUACUGCAAUACUUGGAGCUUCAGGAGCAGGAAAAACUUCAUUACUUAAUAUCUUAGCUUAAAGAAUUUCUACUAAAAGCAAUGUUUAAAUAACAGGAGAUAUCUUAGCUAAUGGAAAUCAUUAUGAUAGUGAAAAAUUUGCUAGGUUUUCUGGUUAUGUGAUGUAGAAUGAUAUUCUCUUUGCCACAUUAACAGUUAAAGAAACAUUAGAAUUUGUUGCAAAUCUCAAAUAUACUAAUGAAAAUGAAAAAAUAUCAAGAGUUAAUUAUGCUCUCAAAACUUUAAAAUUAGAAAAAUGUUAAAAUACUCUUGUAAUUAAUUGUAAUUUUAUUAUAGAUUGGUAAUGAGUUGCUUAAAGGCAUUUCUGGAGGAGAGAGAAAAAGAACAUCAAUAGGAGUUGAAUUAGUGAGAGAUCCAUAAUGUAUAUUAUUAGAUGAACCAACAUCUGGAUUAGAUUCUUUUACUGCUUUUGUUAUAAUGUAAUAUAAUAAAAAUUUAUUAUUUAGAAAUCUAUUAAAAAAAUUAUCAGUUGUUUCUAAAAGAACUAUCAUUUUUACCAUACAUUAACCAAGUUCUGAUAUUUAUUUAUUAUUUGAUCAAAUAUUUUUACUUGCAAAAGGUAGAUUCGUUUAUUAAGGUCCUAAAGAAAAAAUGAUUGAUUAUUUUUAAUCAAUUGGUUUUGAAUGUCCCAAAAAAGCUAAUCCAUUGGACUAUUUCAUCUCAAUUAUGUAGAAUGAAGAAAAUAGAUAAUCAGAUAUUUAAAAUUUAUUUAAAGGAUAUGAUAAUUAAAUUUAAUCUUAAAUUGAUGAAUAAUUAUCUAGAAUAUAACUUAAAAAUAUCGAAAAUGAAGAAUUUUAAGCUAAUUUUUAAUAAUAAGUGGUUUAGAUAUUAAAAAGAGGUAUCCUAAAUGUAAAAAGGGAUAAAAUAUUAGUAAGAAGUAGAAUUGUAAUGGCUGUGUUUCUUGGAUUAUUAGUUGGAGGUAUAUUUUGGGGUGCUGCAAAUGAGCCUGGAUUUAAGGGUACUUAAAGUACAACAGGAGGACUUUUCUUUCUUGUUAUGAGUAGUUUUAUGACAGCAUUAAAUCCUGUUAUAGUUCAGUUUCCACAAGAAAGAGAUGUAUUUUUAAGAGAAGAAAAUUCAAAACUUUAUUCAACAUUUGCAUACUUUGUCGGAAAGAGUUCUAUAGAAAUACCAUUUUUAAUUAUCUUUCCUAUUAUCUAAUAAUUAAUAUGUUAUUGGAUGAUAGACUUAAAUGAUUAAACUGCUAGUAUCGUUUUAAUUAAUAUUCUUGUAUGUAUAUUGUUAGGAUUAAGUGGAAAUAGUAUGGGUAAUAUUAUAUAUUAAUUCAUAGGAUUGA